CCUUCGUUAGGUCUUCCGCUUCGUCCAUCAUCUCUCUUCUCGACAGUGACUCCGGCCGCGGCGCAAUGGCAAAUCGACCCCGUUCUCUCAGCACCGGCGACGCCAUGCGCAUCCGGUCUCUCUUUCCCCGCACAGGCCUGAUUCAGCCUCAACGCCAGCCGUUGCAGCCCGAGCGGGUCAGAGAAGCGAUAGAGGCCUUCAUCUCGUCCUUACCCAAGCUGUCGGAGCAUGAUCUGAUCUCAUUCAACGAGGCUGAGUCGUCUUGUCCAAUAUGUCUCAACCAGUUCCGCACGAUAGUCACGGAAGAGGAAAUGGCACUCGCGAUGGACAGCCCUGCGACACCUGUACAAGCGCUUGGGGUGACGAAGCUCCACGGCUGCGGGCACAUAUUCUGCAGGAAGGACAUACUGAACUGGCUUGACCAAGGGCGCAACACCUGUCCCUCGUGCCGGCACCCCCUCAUUCCAAACCUUCCCGCGGACACCCAUCCCUUCGACAUGCUGCCUGAUCUUGAGAACAUACCGGACGGCAUCAUCCAGGGUGUGGGGUCCCUGCCCCUCACGCCCGAGCAAGCCGCGUCCUUGCGGUCUGCGAUCAUUCUUCUGACAGAGGGCGACGGCAUGGAGCAUUUUGCCUUCCCUGAACCUGCCUUCCACGCCGCGCGAGGCAACCAGCCAACUCCGCACGAGCGCGAGCGCGAAGAGGACAGAAGCGCCUUCAUUGGGAUGUACUCCUAAUCCGGAAAACAUCAGGACCCUCGUUCUUUCCGUAUGCCACGCUUUCGGUCACGACCAAUUCACGAGGAUUCAAAUUCAUGCAUUCACGUUCGUCAGUCCCCAUCGCACUACUCAUUCUUCGCUUUCAUGGGCUACAUAUUUGGAUGUAUAUUAUGCAGAUUUCUCAUCAUUGCAUGGAUAUUCCUUACUAAUUCAAUCAAAUCGUGAACGGAAUGUGUUGU